GACUCCUCAUCCCAAUUCAGAGCAGAAAACAGUUGCGCACACACUCACAAACUCGAAGUAGAAGACGACCGUAUAUGGAGGAGGUGGUGAUAGUGGGUGCCGGCAUCGCGGGUCUGGCAACCGCAUUGGCCCUUAAGAAGGUCGGUGUCCGAGCCCUCAUCCUUGAGAGAUCAAAGGAGCUUCGAACGACUGGCGCGGCUCUGGCUCUCUUCGCUAAUGCGUGGGUUGCGCUCGACACGCUCGGGGUUUCGGACAAUCUCGCAGCCCUUUACGCUCCUUUCGAAAGUGGAUACAUGACUGAUGUCAAGACUAAAUCAAUUCAAGAAGUGCAUUUUCUUCCAAAUAGCAGGAAUGGAGCCCUACCAAGAGCGGUCCACCGAAAAGUUUUGUUGGAAGUUCUAGCAGAGGAGCUUCCUCCAAAUAGCAUUCGAUUCUCUUCCAGGAUAACUUCCAUCGAAACCCAAGUAGAACACGGUUUUUCCAUUUGUAUUGUCACACUCGAUAAUGGGACCAUCAUAAAGUCUAAGGUUGUUAUAGGAUGCGAUGGCAUACAUUCUAUUGUGGCCCGUUGGCUUGGACUUCGCCCGCCAGUCUAUUCAGCCGAUCGGCAGUGCGUGGGCUGUCCGUAUUAUGACAUCCCGAAUUUUCAAUAUUGUUUUCUAUAAAAUCAAUCGGGCAUUUCAU